AUGGCAUUCCUCUUCAAAUCAAAAAAGCAUAACAAUCCGACAGCUCCACCACAAUCCUCCAGAAAUAUUAACCUAUCGGAGGGCAAUUCUACGCCUACACCUCCUCCUGGCCCUGGGAUCAACGGCGUUCCGCGAGAUGCUGAUCCGAAGCAAGGUCCCCCCCGUCCGCCUAAUUCUGCACAAAAUAACGCCAUGAUGGGAGGGCCUCCUUUAGGUCCGCCAAACCAACCACCGUCUCGACAACGACGUGAUAGGGCAGAGUCUGAGUCUCAGGGACCGGGACGGAUGCCCAUAAACGCUGGCCAGCCGCCCCAAGGCCCCAAUCCGGCACUGUUCCCUUGGUCACAACGCCGAUUGAACCUGCCUACUCCACAGACCACGCCGUUUCCGCGAUAUGGUGCUGCCGUUAAUGCGCUAGCUUCGGAAGAUGGCGACAUAUACUUGAUGGGCGGUUUAGUGGACGGAUCGACGGUGAAAGGGGAUCUUUGGAUGAUUGAAACUAAUGGCGGCAAUUUAUCUUGUUUUCCUAUUACUCCCGUCACCGAAGGACCGGGUCCUCGAGUCGGCCACGCUAGUUUGUUGGUUGGAAACGCAUUUAUUGUUUUCGGAGGGGAUACAAAAAUAAACGAGCAUGAUACCCUGGACGACACCCUUUAUUUUCUAAAUACUUCAUCGCGCCAAUGGUCUCGUGCUGUGCCACCAGGCCCGAGACCUGCAGGGAGAUAUGGACAUUCUCUGAAUAUUCUUGGCUCUAGGAUUUAUAUCUUUGGUGGCCAGGUGGAGGGUUUUUUCUUUAAUGACCUAAUAUCCUUUGAUCUUAACGCGCUCCAAAACCCGGGAAACAAGUGGGAAUUUCUUGUUCGAAACAGCCAUGAAGGCGGCCCGCCCCCGGGUAAAAUUCCUCCAGCCCGAACCAACCACACAAUGGUUACUUUCAGCGACAAGCUUUAUUUGUUUGGCGGCACUAAUGGAAUACAGUGGUUUAAUGAUGUUUGGUGUUAUGAUCCGACGACGAAUCUUUGGACGCAAUUAGACUACGUUGGAUUUAUCCCCGCCGCAAGAGAAGGCCAUGCAGCCGCUCUAGUUAAUGAUGUUAUGUACGUUUUUGGAGGUCGCACAGACGAGGGACUCGAUUUGGGUGACCUUGCUGCUUUCCGAAUUACAAGCAGACGUUGGUACUCGUUCCAUAAUAUGGGACCAGGGCCGUCGCCGAGGUCGGGACACACUAUGACCACUCUGGGGAAGCAAAUCGUCGUUCUUGGUGGAGAGCCUAGCUCGGAGCCCCGUGAUGUCCAGGAACUUGGCUUGGUAUACGUACUGGACACAGGAAAAAUUCGCUAUCCAAAUGAACAGGGCCCUACAUCUCCCACUGGUGAAAGACACCCCCGAAGAAUACCACCUAACGAGCGACAGCCUGGUCCUUCGGGUCGUACUUCUCGUGAAGCUCUGAAUUCGACCCCAGACCAACAAAGACGGGGCCCACCGCUUCAGGGGAGAGAAAAUGUCACAAGUCCUGGACUUGGAGGACCUGGAGAACCCUCCGCGCCCGCUUCCCCCCCUGGCCCCCAUGGCCCCCAUGGACCCGGUUCUCGAUUGCCGCGUGCGUCCAUUGCCCAAGCUCCAGCUGGGCCACCGCCAACUGGAGAGCCACCAAACCCCCGGGGUCCACAUCCUGGAGGUCAAGGACCACGGGGGAAACCGCCAAUGAAACAAGGGGGAACGCCUGCUGGCCCCGUUGAAGCGAUAAGAGCGUUCGAGAAAGAUCGACAAUCCCCUGUGAUGCGUGACAUGCGACCUAGUCGAGAACAAAGUCCUAUUACUGGUAAUGGACGACGGACUCCAACGCAACCAGUACGCAAUGCUCGGGCCAUGGAGGCUGGCGAAGCUGCACCGUUAGUGAGCACACCUUCCAGACAGCGAUCUCUACGACAGCAACGACAUAGUUCCGUGGAGAGUGUAGAUGAAUCGAUUCUUGGCUCAGAGCCUAGGCAUUACAGAAACUCCCGAAGUUUUGGUGACGAGCCUCGCUCACCUCGGCUUACUCCACACCAAGAAGCACUCAUGAAAGAGCUCGACACAAUGAAAAGCCGAAAUGCGUGGUAUGCAUCAGAAUUGGCACUAGCUAGAAAAGCCGGUUACGUGCCUAACCCAAAUUCCGCGGCCCUAGACGAAAGAAGCCUCAUGUCGUUUGCAGAGGACGAUCGUCCAUUCGUCGAGGCUUUCCUUGCAAUGAAAGCAGAAUUAAUGAAGAUGCAGGCAAAUAUCGAUCGCCAAGCAGCAAUCGCAUCGAAGCGGGUUGCAGAGGUUGAGCAUCAAAGAGAAGUCGCUAUAAACGAAGCAGCUUAUGCUCGUGCAAAAUUGGUUGCUCACGGAGGAAGUCCUGCUCGAACGCCCCAGUCAGAGACAAAUGGUCGUGAUGCAUCUGAGAGCCAUGCAGACCGAACGACAGAAAUCAGUAGGCGCCUUGCAUUAGCUUUGGCAUCUCAAUCUGAAUUGAAAGCCAAGGUCGAAUCGUUAAUGGCGGAAGUUCAAGAAGAAAGGCGAGCGAAGGAAGUCGCAGAGGAACUCCAUGAGGUUACAGAUCGAAGGCUUGCUGAACUAGAAAGCCAGAGCAAUGCUUUGGAGCUUGAACAACUGCGAUCCGAACUUCAUCACCUUCAGUUUUCACUUAGAGAGGAGUCCACGCUACGUUCAGAGGCAGAGUCCGCGCUUCAACUUCUUGAGGUUGAUAAAGCAGAAUUGGCACAGAAGCUCGAAGAGUCCAAUGAGCGAUUACAGAGUUAUAGCUCGAAUAUGGGCUCUCUCAAGGAAGCGGUUAACGCGUCGGUUGCCAAGGCGGCAUUAAUGGAGAAGCAGUUAGAAAGCGAAAAGGAGCACCGGGAGGGCCUUGAGCGUAAGCUAUUAAACCUAAGGGCAGAACAUGAGGAAAGGACUGCGGAACUGGAAACUGCGGUACGACGACUAAAGGAAGCCGAAGAGCUAGCGGAAACAAAUGCCCGCGAGGCAGAGAGUCAUAAGACAGCGUUCCUGUCUGGCUUGGAACGGGCAUCUUCCUUUGAUUCGGAGAAAAGCGACAGUUCGCUUAACGACCAGCGCAUUGCAGCUCUGCAAGCACAUGUUGAUCGCGCGAAUGAGCUGGUGAAGAAUAGUCAGCAUGCUGCCAAUAAUGCAGCAGACAAACUCCGACGUGCCGAAGAACGGAUCGCUGGACUGGAAGCAUACCAGGAACAAAGUAGCCGAGAAGGUCUUCAGCUUCGGAGGCAAUUACAGGCAGCUCUAAAAGAGAAUCAAAGUCUGAAUUCCGAAAUUAGGGAGAUCAAGGCGCAUCUAGAGAGCCAGCAACGAGACACCAGUGCUUUGGCUAUUCAACAUGGUGCCCUUAAAGACCUCCUUGGCGAACGUGGUAUUAACAUGUCAGAUAACCGACGAUCACCAUUACUGGAUUCUCCUGGAUCCCGGUUCGGAACCCCGGAACACACGCGAUUGCGAGAGUUAGAACAGCAGCUCCAAGCUAGCAUGAAGGCACAUGAAGAGAUGAAGGCAACUUUUGAAUUUAGAGAGCAAGAGACUGAUCGCGCGUAUCAAGAGAAGCUCGAACAACUAGAGAAUGAUUACCAGGCUGCCGUCCAUUACGUUAAGGGAACAGAGAAGAUGUUGAAAAGGAUGAAAGACGAACUCAACAAGUAUAAGGCACAUUCGACUAAACUUCAAGCAGAACUGGACAAUUCCCUGAAGAAUUCAGAGAAAGCCUCGAACCAGCAUGGGUCGUCGCCAGACUGGGAAGCGGAAAGGGCCACGCUGCAAAAGUCAAUGUCUCAACUUCAGGAGAGUACGUCCGCUUCGAUCGCUGCACUGGAAAGCCAGCUUGUGAAGGUUAAGGAGGAUCUAUUGAGAGCUAGCACUGACCGCGAUAACACACGUUCUGAGCUCGAAUCGCUCCAAGAAGAACUUACACAAACGAUCCAGAAAUCCCAAGCAGAAUUGGAGCAACUGAAGAAGGAAAAUGCUCUGCUUGAAAAUCGUGCCCUUGAUGCCGAGAAGAAGGUCACUAUGCUUCUAGACCAGGUGGAAUCGUCCGUCGUCAAUUAUCGCCGUCACUCACAUGUCUUGGCCGGGAAUUCCAAUGGACUGAGUCGCACUACGAGCAACGCUUCGAGCGGCACUAUUGCUGCUCGACGACGAUCACGAACCGGAAGUACGCUUUCGCAAGAUGACUCAUUCCUUGAUCAUCGUGGUUCUCUUGCACUUGACUCACUCGCUAGCGAGCUUGAUGCCCUUCGAAGUCAUUGGGAGAGCACAACACGAAACUACCGCCUCAGUAAUCAGUUUGACUUUGAACGCACACCAGUGAAGGAGACGUAUGGAGAAGGGCUGAGCGAUAGCUUUGCUAGCUGGCGACGGAGACUUGAUGAAGAAGAAUCGCGUGCUGAAACGCCUAUCAAGACCCCAACCAUGCCAACGUCCGCCACAUCUUCAUCCACAGUGAACAUGAAUUCAACAGGAGCAACAACACCGACACAGGCGAAUAUGAUUUAAUAGCUAGUGCGUUUCUAGCUUAUCCUGUUGGUGAGUUAUACCGUUGAUGUUCUGGCGGGAUGGUUGGUAGUAUCUUUUUAUUCCUUUUAUCCCUUUAUACUUGCUAUCCUUUAUUUUGUUUCUUUUGUUUUAUUAUUUCAGAUUUUCAACCUUGCUGUUUCUUACGUUCCGCGCUGUGCAGGGCCAUCCCUAACAACACCAUAUAAUCCAUUCUUAGUCAAUGUUGACUCUAAUCAACUGUUUUUCUCGACUUGAAUUUGUCUUCUUCUUAUUCCUCAUUUCUCUUCUUUUCGUGACUCGAUCAUGACUAAGUUGUAUCGUGCCGUAUCAUAUUCUGCGCAUAGGAUGUCUGUAUUAAUUUCCAGGACGCGGUUCAAGCAAAACUUUUCUUGAUUUUUCUUCUUUCCCCCACCCCCACUGGUGUGUUGAUUCCACCCUUUUCGAUUCUUCCGGAGAUCUUUGCUGCUAUUUUUAUUUCCCUUUUUCACUGGUUGUGUUGGGUUCCCGCUCAGAUAUCCCCUGUCCGUUUGUGAUUUUGUUUCUAUCGUAUUCCUGAAUUGCCGCUACUUCUAGUAAUGUAUUCAAUCUUCCUUAUAUAAAACUCGUUACGUUCGACAGAC